UGCUUGACUUGCCUGGACAAUGGAGAUAACAAGAAAAUCCAUAGACUGGCCUAGCAUCUUCUUGAGGUUGCCUUCAUGGAGAGGUUAGCCAGUAGUAGGGGAGUUGUGUUCACGGUGGCUGUAGUUGCAGCGUUGCUGCUGCAAACGUUUGGCGCGGCAGCAGCAGCUAACUGCAGCGCCCGCUGCGGAGGCAUCAGCAUCUCCUACCCAUUCGGGAUCGAGGCCGGCUGCUACCAUGACGGCUUCAACCUCACCUGCGAUCACUCGUACCGGCCGCCCAAGCUGUUCCUCGGCGAUGGCACCGUUGAGGUGCUCGAGAUCUCCAUUCCCGGCGGCACGGUACGCGUCAACAGCAGUAGCGUCGCGCUCUUACCUGGAGCAGGAGCACCAAGCAGUGUCAACAGCACAAGCAAGUACCACACAUGGGGUGGGCUCAGAAGGGGCGGCCCCUUCUUUGUCUCACCAGAGAAGAACAAGUUCCUUGUGCUGUCAUGCAGCAACGUCCAGGUCCUCCUCCUUGCCGAGGACAACAGCACCGUUAACGCCUGUUCCACCUACUGCCCACCGGCCCCGGGAAAAGGCCAGCCUUAUCAGUUCCCCUUGAACAAAGAGUGCUCCGGCACUGGCUGCUGUAGUGCUGCCAUCCCGAAAGGUUACACCUCCUACAGCAUCCAGGUCCAGCCGCCUGGCAAUGUUUCUGAAUUUGAUGCUGAUUCUUCAGUGUACAUAGCUGAGGAGGGAUCCUACAAUGUCACGCGCCUCAUCUUUGAGACUGUACCUACUCUACCAGUCUUGCUGGACUGGGUAAUCAGCAACUCAACAUGUAGCAAUAAGCUGCCUGCCACACCUGCAUCCGGGUGUCGCAGCAGCAGCAGCUCAUGUCAGAACUAUACAAGCUUUGCUUACAGUGGGCACCGAUGUGGCUGCUCUGCUGGCUAUCAAGGCAACCCUUACGUCAUGAGUGGAUGCCGAGACGUUGAUGAAUGUGCUCAUUGGGAACUCCACUCAUGCUACGGAACCUGCAUAAAUACGCCUGGAGCGUUUCGCUGCCAAUGCCCCGAUGGGACCUAUGGGAAUCCCUCCAUGGAAGGGGGGUGCAUCAAGAACAAGAAUUCCUCUCAAGGUAACAGUCACUGCACAUCACUAAUUACCUUAUGUAUUCGUAUCAUCAUAACUCCAUAUAUACAGAUGACAUUCAGUAAUCUUAAAUCUAUGCCGUUUUAA